AGUAUUCUUCAACAUCUUUCCCAGUAUUGAGCCUUCGAAGGAUACAACCUGCGGUUGGCUUUAGAAAAGAAGCCUCGUUUCACUUUGUCAUUUGGCGCCAUAAUAUCAUGAUGGCGUUUGAACAUGAAUGGAAUCAACGCAAGAGGAGGAAAUGUGUUGCUAAUAACGAUCUUUCGAAUAAGAAAUACAAGAAAAAGGCAGAAUUAAGAGAACUUACUCUUCAAGAUAUUUCUAGUCUCAGUGAUGAGAUUCACCAUCUAGAGGAGGAAAUAUUUAAAAGAGAUUCUUUAUGUGCAGAUACCUACACACUGGAAUCUCUGGCAAUGAUCGAAGCAAAACUCUUGAAUGCUGACUUGCCUUCUUCAUCCAAAGAAAAUAACACUGACGGAAAAGAAAAAGAAAUUGAUGUAAUAAACGAGAGGCUUCGUUCUUUGGAAAAGUUGACAGGUUUAAUAUUUAUUGAAAAUAGCACCGAGAUGCUUUCAAAGACAGAAGCCACAAUGGUUUUACUUCGGAGAAUGUUAGGAACUUGUCUUAGAAUUCCCUUUGCAGUGGAAUUCGAAGUUAAAGAAGAGGAAAAUGUGAAUAGUCUGCUGAGCUCAAAAGAUGCUGAGUGUAUGGAAGACAGGGUUGUUGAAUUAACCAGACUCCAAGUUAGUGUCACAGAUCAUCUAGCAGAACAGGAACUUGCUCAAUUUCUUGAAAAAGUGCAAGAGGACAAGUCUUUGCAGCCAUUUUUUUUUGGACUUAUUCAGUAUGCUGAAGGGCACAGCAAUAGGCAAAGGACAUUUGGUCAUUUUAAAAUGAAGUACCCUGAAAUUGUCCACUUGACAAAUACAUCCACUGCAAGUCAGUUUAUGAAAUUGUACAACAGGAACAAACCUGGACUUGUUUUUACAAUAUGCUGGAGACUUGUUAUUGGUGAAUCUGGACAUGUCACAUCAGAUAUUCAGAUCCAUGCCUCAGCACCAAUGAAACACACUGACCAAAGGGACAAAUAUUCUUUGCUUAGAAGUGUUCCAAAACAGUUUCACAAAGUGAUGCCUAUUAUUGGAAUAGAACAGGCCAUCGAACUUGUGGUUGGAUUGGUGUGUGGAUAGCGAUAAUUUAUUAGUUGUAUAUUAUACUGAAUUUCUCUGAGUUUGUUCUUUUAGAGAGCUGAGAAAGUCUUUUCAUCUUAUAACUGUAUUUCUAUCUCGUAAAAUAGGUUGUCACAUAGAAAAAUUCCAGCAGCUUCAAAUAUCCAGCAUCAGUUAUAUGGAGACUAAUUCCUAAGAACAUAGAGGCAUUGUAGCUAAUGUUUGGGGUCAUUGGUAAAGGUUCUAUCUGUAAUAAUCUCUUUUUGAGAUACAGUUGAACAUCUCCUAGCACACAAUUUUGGAUGACAGACUCCUGUUGGUAGAAACUUAGUUCUGGCCUAUAUAACUCUUGCAUCUUACUGGUGCAAAACCUCCAGGGGAUAGAGAGGGCUGCUUUCUGGAGGUUUGGUGGUAGUGAACUUGCCCACAUAGACUCAGGCUCUUUGUUGUAAAAAUGGCAACAAAAACCAGCAAACAAAAGUAACUUUUAACAAGUGAACAUUUACUUUGAACAAUAAUUCAACAAUUUGAGAGGGGAAAAUAAACAGAUCAAUUAAUUUUUACACUUUAAAGAAGCUAACUCUGAAUUACUGAACAAAGUGUAGAAGGUUACAGUCUGAUAAUUAUUUGGAGAAUAAUUUAUGUUUUUUUAGAAAUGAAUUAUUCCUGGUGUUAUUAUUUAAUGCAUACAUUGUAUCUGGUUGGUUUUUUACCACAAAGGAGAGUACAGAAUUUGCCAUGGCAAUAAUUUUAUUAGUGGUAUCAAUCUUUCUAAUUAAAUUCUCAGACUUAUUAAUUAAUAGAACCUGCGGUAGAGAUGAAUCAUGCUUUUAACAUCAUGUCUGUAUUUAAAUAUAUAUUAUGCUCUGUGUAGAUAUCUUGAAGCAGUGAAACCCAGACAUUAGUAAUUUGCAUCACUUGUCUCACAUC